CAGAUUGUGUGAGCCGAAGAACUGUAAGUCGUAAGACAAUGCCCCCAAAGAACCGUGCAAAGAAGGACCAUGGAGAAAAGGCGCGAAGAUCAGAGGCGACUAAGAAAUAGACUGUCGCAGAAGGCUGUUCGUGAGCGAAAAGCUGCGCGUAUACACCAGCUAGAGCAGGAACUCGCUACUGUCACGAAAGGAAAUGACAGCGCCAGGGUUACUGAACUUCUGAACACAAACUCUAGGCUGCGGCAUGCGCUCCUCGACACGCGCAAGAAGCUUGCAAGCCUCUCUGCGACUGCAACACAGUUGGGGGAACAAAUCAAGGUAGUGUUGGAUGAUCGUGAUGAGGUGGAGCAGGAUUGUGAAGACGUUGCCAACCAGAUGGACUCCUGCGUGUUUGAUGACCAAGCUUAUCACCUCUGGAGGAAUAGCCCACAGACAUGCACUCAAUCUCCACAGACUAGUUCCACCGAAUCAAUAUCCAUGAACCAGGAGCGAGAACAUUUCAAUGGUACCGAGUUGAAGUUGAUCAAUCCAAGCACCAACGUUGGAGCUGAGGCAACUGAUAGAAAUCCUAUUCCUGGCCAGUCUGACAAAAUGCUGGUCUCUAUGGAUACAAUGUUCAAUGGCAGCAAACAUACUGAGGCAAUGCCCGACCUCUUUCUGGGGCCUCAUCUCGGACCCAAGCUCCACGUUUACUCUGGCUCGACUUUGUCUCAACAUCUUGGUCAUAUACAUGGACUUCUCCGACUGGGAGGGGCACUCGAAGGCGUUUCAAGUAUGCCGCAAGUUGUAGACAGCAUGUGGUCCGCGUUUCUCGAGCACGGUUGGCCAUCGUUAAAAUAUUGGUUCGAUGUAACCCAGUCAACACCACUCGCAACCCGUGUUCUCUGGUGGCAGACCAGCAACAGUCAUGAAGCCGCAACUCAAAUACCACCUGGUAAUACGCCUACUCUGGUCCAGCUUUCCCGGCCGAAAUACCCCUGUAUCCUCGACUGGGUGCCACAUCCAGGCUUACGUGACCUGCUGAUUCUCAAUUACGAAUUUUACGAUGUUGACCAAGUCAUAUGCGACAUGACGAAUGCAUUUGUUGUCGAGAUCGAAGACCACCGAACCAUCUUUGACGAGUCUCAUCCGGGGCUUUCUCUGCCCAUAGGCAAAGGCUAUGGCUACAACCUGAUGGAGCUUGUGGAGCGAACGUUGGUUUUUGGACCCAUGGAUAGCCAGAGCCAGCAAGAGCUUACGGUAAUGAGACUGCUGCAGAGCAUGGCAUCCUCGAAGAAUGCUUCGAUUGAACACCCAAUCCACCGCUUCAAGCUGGAUCCCAGGUUCUUUGAUCAAUAUCCCGCUCUCUAUGACGCCAAUGCUGAGAGCAAGUACCGGCCGAAGAACCUACCAUUUGUACAGAAGUCGCAGCUGCCGCUACCUUUCACGACGGAGACUGUUAAGGAGUAUAUGAAUGUGGCAUUACACGCGAAGAGUACGCUGGUUGCGGCCCGAUAAUGGACAUCAUGAUCCAAUGUAUUGCUCAUUGUCGUCAUCUCUCAACCGCUUUACAAGGUCUUAAUAGACUACCUAAUCG